AUGGAUCCCGGAGCAGGGGAACUGGACUCCAGCCUGCCCCAGCCCGAGAACCCGUGCCUGAUCGUGGAGGACUCACAGCCGGACAGCGUCGCUCUGGAGGACGAUCCGGAGAGCAGCUACCGAGCCCUGCUAGCCCGCCGCCUGUCCAGCCUGCAGCCCCGAGCCCGGAGCCCCGUGCUGGUAAGGAAAGACGGGUUCAUACCGGGUCAACAACAUUGUGUUAGGACCGGGUUAAUACCGGAAAACGAUCGGGUGAGAACCGGAAAAGUACCGGGUUCAUACUGAGUGGGUAGAGGAGAAGCUCUUAAAAAUUACCAGGAUAAAUCCCGAUCGAUACCGGAUCAGAACAGGGUUUUAUUUGGUUUUAAUGUUGCAGGCUUAAUUCUGAGUUUAUACCGGGUCAAAGCUGGAACAAUGGGGUUUAUAUUAGUCCAGGUAGGGCUGGGCGAUAUGGGAAAAAGUUUAUCACGAUAUACAUAUAUUUUUAAAUCAGUCGAUAUCGAUCAAUAUCAGGAUAUAAAACUGUAACAGUGUUUAUUGGUCUCAUGUCUUUUCCAACACAAUAAUCUCCUGCAUCUGUGAGGUCUUUGUGUCUCUUUGGCGUUUUGUCGUAAGGCGUCGCUCUAGAGAAAGCCGACUGAAUGGUCGUCUGUUUCAGGCGCCAUUGGCUCCUCGCUCCUCUCGGGGUUUGUGACCUUUUGCGUUGCGCGUGCUCUGCGGCGUGGCGCUGCUUCAGGUGGUGAAAAAGAUUUGAGGUAUUCCCCGACUUUGUGAGAACAUGUACUCGACAUAAUUUACAGUCCACAUUACUCUGCUUCUGUCCGACCUCCAAAAACCAAAAUACCUCCACACCACCGACGUUUUCCUAACGCCAGUGUUGUGGUUGACAUUGAUGUGGUCAUCUGUUGAGCCUUCAUGGUCAUUUCUGUCGGGGGUAGCACUCAUUUUCUUUGUUUCUCACCAACAGUGCUGUCGGCUUCACCUGUUAAAGUGCUAUGGUUGGGUGGAGCUGCUGUCUGCUACGACGCUGCAGUUGGUUGAUACUUGGUUCUAAUUCAGACCAUGAUUGGUUCAGACCCGGAGAAACUCCACUUCUCAUUGGCUGUUCGUAUAGUCGACCAAAACAUAACAGAAUGACGACUAUUGAAAAGGAUAUUGAUCAUGUUUUAUAUCGAUAUUGAGGGAAAUUAAUUUUCAUUAUUUAUUGUUAUCAUUUUAUCGCCCAGCCCUACUACCAGCCUAAUAGAAGACUGAUAAUGAGUCAACACAGCGUUUUCAUACUGGGUUGAUAUUGGGUCAGAACUGGGGUGAUACCGGUUCUGUCUGUCCUCAUCAUGCUCUGUUUUCAUGCUGAGGUCUGGUCCCAGUCCACAUCUGGAGGUGGUCUGGAGACAUUUGUCCACACUGGUUUUGGUGGCCUGAAUGCUCGUGUUGCUGGGCCGCAGGAAGGACUGCCCACUCUCCCUGUAUCCAUGGCAACGAUUAGUUGGCACCAGGCUUACACUACCAGGCAGGGCAUUUUAAUAAUGUUGAUUUGCAUCCAGUGAAGGAGAGUGAGGAGGUGUGAACACUCCUACUGAAAGAAGGUCACCCCAGGAGGCCCCCCUCCUCCCCCUGAAAUCCCGACCUGUGAUUGGCUAGCUGCCUUCUGUGGCUGUUUGAGCGAGCUGCUGGCAUGUUGUUGUCUUGAGUUGGUGCUUUAAACGAUAGGAAAAUACUGAACGCCUCAGACAGGUGGAGGUGAGACAGGUGUCUUCAGGAGUCUGUUUGUCCUGAGUCCUGUAAACUGUGAGUCCUUCAGGACGAGUUGGUCAGAGUGAGAUCAGGUCUGUCUGUGUUUGUCUGAACCCACAUCUGGUAAAGGUCUGAACACGGGUCAGGGGGGGAGGUCAGGUCAGGGGUCAGUGAGGAGGAGCCUCUUAAAUCCACCAGAGUGUAUAAAUGUGACGAAAUUCUUUGUAAUUUCAGGAGCUGAUCGCCUCCCCCACUGGAAGUAGAUCGUCUCAGACUGACAGCCAAUCAGAGAGCUCCGAGAGGAACGCCCAGAGUGAACCUGGUCAGGUCUUUUAUUAUAUUAAGUUUACAUGUGUAUUGACUGAGUGAAGAUGUCUGACAGUAAACAGGACUGUUUCCAUGUGCUGGUUUAGACCUUCAGACCCUCAGCAGGGGUUUUUUAAACAGUAAUAGUUUGAUGUUACCUGUCCAGGUGCGACAGCAGCUGAUCCCACUCCAGCUCUCCACCAGGACAGUCAGGUGUUGAACAUCUGCCCCCCUCCCGUUAACAGCAGGUAAGAAACACUUGAGCAUGAUAGUGAUGCUCAGGACCAGCCUGUCCAGGUGUGUCACUGUUUACCUGUCCUUCCAGGUGUGCAGCUGAAGACUCUGAGAUGGACUCUGGAGCUGACUCCACCACACACUGUGUCCAGACUGAAGGUACAGCCUCACCUUAAAGGGAUAUUCAGGCGUAAAAUAAAGUCAGGGUCAAACACACAAAUAUAUC